GCGACCAGAAGAAAUAACAAAACACACCCUCUCUCUAGGGAUAACACAGACACACUCAAAACACACACUCUCUCUUCUCUAGGGAUUUCAAAGCUCAAGCUUCAACACCCAAGAUCAGAUCCUAGCGAAAUUAAGGACUAAAUCAAGAAAAGAAAAGAGAUUGUGAGGUGAAAUGGACGAAAGGGAUGGUGAAAUUAUUAUGAAAGUGGUCGACUGGAAGAAAAGGAUGCGGGAAAGGUUGCAGGAUGUCUUGGGUGUGGAGGGUGACCUCAGCCUUGAUAAGCUAGACAAGACACGUGAUAUACUCGUUGCAUUGAAGCGUUUGAAACUCAACAAAGAUGAAGAUACGAUCUCCUUCGAGGUGCCAGAGAGGUUCAAGUGCCCGCUAUCCAAGAAACUCAUGAGGGAUCCCGUCCUUCUUUCCACUGGACUGACAGAUGAUCGUGAAGAGUUGCUUAAAUCUGAGGAUUUGAUACACACACCACCCUCACCUAUAAUCAGAAAUCAACGGAUGCGCGGAAUGAUAUCCACUUGGUGCCAAAAUCGGGCAAUCGAAAUAAUACCACGGUGUAAUCCCGAGACACAAGAUUUCAUAUGCAUGAUGCAGAUGAUUUCAUCCGCGUCAUCAUUGAAGAAGCAACUUGAAUAUGCCGUCAAAGUGGAAAAUGUAACACAUUUUUCGCAUUCUCGGGUCAAAUUUCUUGAAUCGGAAGAUUCUGUAGUAGUUCUUGUCCGUGUCCUGUCUGAAGCUAGCACCAAGCAUGAAGAUUUGCGCGAGAAAAUUCUCGAAAUUUUCUGGAACAUAUGCAUUGAUAAUGAAACAAAGAAACGUGUUGCCGAAACUCCCGGUGCAAUUGAGUUACUCGUGGACAACACAAGACACGGAAACAACAGUAUGUUGAGGACUCAUGCUAUUAGUACACUGGAAUUAUUGUCCAAACUUGACUCGAUCAAGGAAAUCAUUGGUCAAUGUGGUGUCUUUCACUACCUCAUAGAUCAAUUAGGAGCUCAUGGUGAGUGGGACCGGGCAGAUGCUGUAGGUUUGAUUCGUGAUCUGUGUACCAUCCCGAAUAACAUAAAAAGAGCAAUAGACGAAGGUUUAAUAGAAGCUUUAGUGGAAUAUAUCGAUGGUGGUGGUGAAAGCACCAUGAGCUUAAUGUUUUAUCUUCUUGAAACACUUUCCCUCGAUAUCAAUGUGACACGCAGGAUAUGCAAUAUCAAUCUCGAUGUCAAUCCAAUUCAAUGGUUGUUCAGUACAAUAAAGUAUGCUGGCACUCCAACCACUAGAGGGCGGAUUUUGGCUAUCCUGUACAAUAUCCUAUGCAAUCAUGAUGACAUGUGGCGGAUGAUUAAUAGUAUGGAAAUGUCAUAUGGCAAGCUUUCAUUACUCUUGCAAGAAGGUACUCCUGAGGUCUCGUUAAAUGCCAGCAGAAUCUUAGAGCUGGUGGCCAGGUUGAAGGCCGGCUAAGUUGAGAUUUAGAGCUUAUGGUGUUGAUUAGUUAUUUAGUAGCAACCUUUUGUAGGGUGAAAGAAGUAUGAACACAAGUGUUACACUACUUUCUAUAUGUGUUGAACAUCGGAUUUCUUUGCAUUAUUGUUGGAAAUUAAUGGAUACACUUUGCCCU